ACUAAUUAUCGUAAAAUAAACAUACUAAAUUAACUAAAUUAAAUGACAUUGUUAAUGAAUCAAUAUUUUAAAGAGAAACAUACAUAUUCAAUUGUUUGAAAUUAAUAAAAUUCCAUUUGUACACAUAAAUUUUAAAUCGUAAGGAUUGUUUGGUAAAUUAUUUAAUCGUUUUGGUUGUUUUAAAUCAUUUAAUCGAAUACAAAGCAACACUCGUUAGACUCUUAGAAGAGGUAUACAUCUUCUUAGAAACGCAGUCUUGUUGACAGAAAAAGGGGGGAUCCGAGGAUCUCUUAAUACCCGAUUUUCCCAGGAAAUGGGAGGAUAUGAUAAUCGCUUAAAACCCCAUUUCCUUAGACGUGCAUCUCUUUAUAAAGAGUCGAAGUAAGUGGCGCAAUGUAUCAGAUUAAAUUAUUGAAAACAACCAACACGAUUAAAAUUCAACAUAAAUUUAUUUUAUAUUUCACUAAAUACAUAAACAAAAUAAAAGAAGGACAAAUGGUAAAGAAUUGUAUGUACCGGAUGAGCGUUCCAAACAUCCCUUGACCGAUGGUUGGGUUGGUCGUACAAGUCAAUUGGAUCCAACGGUCCUUGCUCGAGAUAAUACCGUUGGUUGUAAAUAUCGACGUCCUCCGCAGCCUACGAGAAAAUAACAACGAGGUUAGUAAAUAGAUUAAUUAAAAAGCAAGACAAAAAUUAAACCCGAAUAAUGAGUACGUACCGCUUGAAAUUCAUCAACAAAAACUCCUUCUCCUUGCCACCAAUCGGCCAUUUUUUCGGCGCAAUUCGGACAGAGCUUCGGCUCGGCUCGGCGGGUUUUGAGGAAAAAACCUAAGAAAUGUUUUCUAAUGGCAGAUCGGACUUUGCCGCAACCAAUAGACCACUAUUUCCUAGGCUUUUGGGAGGGGGAGGGUUUAGAGAGAUAAAACUUAGAGAGAGAAGGAAGAAUAGGUUGAAGGUGUGAAGAAAAAUGAGAGGGGGAGGGGGGCUAUAUAUAGUUUUCAGAUCGCAAGCUCCAGGGGCGAGUUAGGAAUUUUGCCCCGGGCGGAUCGCAUUCUCCCAAUGCGUUUUCCGCUUCCCCAGGCGCAGAUCGCAUUCUCCCAAUGCGCUUUGACUGACACCGGCGCGGAUCGCAUUACCCGCGUGCGAUCUGGGAUCCAAGGCGCGGAUCGCUCCGCUGGCGUGCGCUUAGCCGUUGGAUCGGCUGUCAAUCGGAUGAUCUGGUGGAUCGCAACGCGUCCUCCCCAAAUCGCAUCAGUCUGGUGCGUUUUAUAUUGUGGAUUGCACCCCUCUGAUGCGUUUUACGUGUAGAUCGCAUCUGUAAGGUGCGGUUUACAUUUAAAACGCAUCUUAGGGGUGCGUUCCAAAAAAUAAGGUGCUAUUAGUGGAAUUUCUUUUACAUAGGUGCUAUUUUUGUAAUUUUUUUUUUAAAGGUGCUAUUAUUGGAAAAAUCCCGGUAAUCAAUGAUUGAACCUAAAAAGAAUCUUUUUAGGUUCAAUCAUUGAUUUGUUAUUUAAUCCAACCGCUAAUUCGCCAACUCUGUCCUUGGAUGUCGGUCAGCAUUAAUGGCGGCAGAGUCAACGAACUGGAAGCAGGAGGCCGGGCGAUCGUAAGGAAGAGAGGGUGCACGAAAGACGAUUUCCUCCCCGAGGAGUCGUUCCAGAGCUGGGCCAACUACAGUCGGGCCCUCCGGGAGACGCCGAAGCGGUUCGUGAACCGGGUCCUGGCCCGGUCCAUGGACUCGACGGAGCUCCACGAGGUGAAGGCCCGGAGCGAGCACGAGAUGAAGAAGACUCUUAACUGGUGGGAUCCUUAUGUGGUUCGGUAUCGGCUCCGUCGUCGGCGCCGGCAUCUUCGUCCUUACCGGCCUUGAAGCUCGCGACCACUCUGGCCCCGCGGUGCUGCUUUCCUACGUGGUCUCCGCCAUGCUCUCCGUCUUCUGCUACACCGAGUUCGCUGUCGAAAUCCCCGUGGCAGGUUAGCAUGCUUACAAAGAUUAAACCAAAAUCUAUUACUAGCUAGAUAAAAAAGAAGUCAUGUUUUACAAUUCUUUACUGCUUUGGUUAAAAGAAAAUGUUAUUAUACAA